AGAUCGAGACUAGAUUAAACUACUACUUUUUAUAUUCAGACAAUUGACUCGUCUCUCUGAUUAAAUUUUAUUUUGCCAGAGUUAGCUGUUCAGAUUGUUUCGAUUUACCUAAAACAUUCGUUCACUGCAGAGGAUAAAAGAAAAAAAAUUCUCAUGUCAAGAUGAAUAUUUGGGAUUUUUUACUGAAUUAUUAUGUUUAUACCACUGUACUAGGCAGUCUGAUAUUCUAUAUUUAUAGAUAUAUAACCAAGAAUCAUACCUUUUGGGAGGAAAGAAAUGUACCUUUUAUAAAACCAGUCCCAUUCUUUGGAUCCCUGUGGUACAACCUAAAAAAGAAUUUAGAAGACUUGGAUCUUGAAAGAUAUCAAAAGAUAGGCAGAAUAUAUGGAUACUAUGAAUUGACGAAACCAUGCAUGAUAGUAGCUGAACCGGAAGCAAUCCGUGAUAUUUUUGUGAAGGACUUUCAAAUAUUUCCAAAUCGUAGAUUAUUCGACAUGGGAGAUGAUGUGCUUAACAAGAUGAUGACUGCUUUACAAGGCGAAGAUUGGAAGAGAGUUCGAGCCAUUGUCUCCCCCACAUUUUCUACGGGAAAACUUAAGAGGGUUCUCAGUAUUUUUCAAGACUGUGCAAAAACGCUGAUUCAGAGUUUUUCAAAAUCAGCAGAAUUAAACGCUCCGAUAGAUGUUUUAAAAUUUUAUGGCGCUUUUACGAUGGAUAUUAUAGCUAGUUCAGCUUUUUCAACCAAGAUUGAUGCCAACAACGAUCCCGAUAACGUAUUCAUACAAAGAGCAAAACCAAUAUUUAAUCAGGAUUUCGGCAUUCACAUGCUACUUUUCUUUAUGUUUCCAAAACUCAUGAAAAAACUUGGUUCCAGUGUCUUUCCAAGAGACUCUAUGCAAUUCUUCAAAAAAAUAACUCUAGAAAUUGUGAAGCAAAGGAAACAGACAGGACAGAAAAGAAAUGAUUUUCUGCAACUAUUGAUGGAUUCGGCCGAUGAGGUAUCUAAAGAAGAAGACGUCGAGAAGACAUCAGAUGACAUAACUCACAAUUACGGAGACGAAUCAGAGAAUCGUUCAUUUUUCAAAAAUAUUUCAACAAAAACUUUAUCGAUGGAUGAGCUUGUAGCUCAGUGUGGCUUAUUCUUUAUUGCUGGUUACCACACUACUGCUGUGUCACUUGCAUUCACGACUUAUCAUUUAGCAUUAGAUCAAAAUACACAAGAUAAGGUUUUUAGUGAAAUCGAAGAAGUGCUGAGUGCAACUGAUGGUGAAAUAUCGUAUGAAUCGAUUCAAAAGAUGAAGUAUUUGGACAACGUCAUUUCUGAAUCCCUUCGAUUACACCCUCCCUUCAUCAGGUUAGAUAGAACAGCCGAAGCUGAUUUUACCCUAACAGACACAGGAAUUAUUAUUCCCAAAGGAACUUUAGUCAGUGUACCGAUCUACGCAAUACACAGGGAUCCAAAACUUUUUCCUGAUCCGGAAAGCUUCAAUCCAGAUAGAUUCAGUUCAGAAGAAAGAGAUAAAAUAGUUCCUUAUUCUUAUUUACCUUUUGGUGCUGGACCCAGAAACUGUGUUGGAAUGCGUUUUGCACUCUUGGAAAUGAAAAUCUGUUUAGCUUACGUCAUCAGUAUUUUUCACGUAGAAACAUGUCCCGAAACAAAGGUACCUUUGGAGUACAAUCAGGGGCAAGGUUUUCUGCGACCCAAAGACAUUACUCUUCAUUUGAAAAGGAGAGAAAACUGUCCUCUGAAACAACUCUAGUAAAUGUGGUGCAAUAAGUGCUAGUUUUGUGGUAUUUUCCCUCAAAAUUAAGCAUGUUUUCUUUUAUGAAAAAUAAGACUCAAUUAUGUAUGUGCAUACAGAACUUGCAAUCCAAUUUUAACUUCAUUUUUCAUGUUAACUUGUGUUUAAUUUAUUUCAAACGUAAUUUUGCUUAAAUAAACAAUUUUUUAGGAGAA